AUGGCACAAGGACGGUCUUUGGGCGAAGAGCUGUUGGACCUUCACAACAGCUUGCAGCGCCUUCAACCGGCUCUGUCCAAGGCCUUCAUCUACAUGUUCUUCAAACAGGGGCUUCCGAUCGGAUCCAAGCUUCGUUUCCAUAGAAAGUUUCACGCAGAUCCGGAACUGGAAGCCGUUGGCAACGGCAUUUCAACGUAUGCCCUGCAGAUCAUUCUCCCAACUGCUUGUCACGAAUAUCACCCCGCUGCAGACACUUGUGGCGCUUAUUGGGAAGCCUUGGUGAAGGUCGUCAAGGAUGGUGACGAGCUGCUCAGGAUGUUGCUCAGCGACAAGGAUGACAUAUUGAAGGAGUUGUGGCAGAAGCUGCACCGCUUCGGACACGAAAACUGCUGUUGCUUGCUUAGUUUCUACGUCUGCCUUGCCUGGCUUGUUCUUCCAAACCUGAGGUCUAGUGAUGCUGUGAACCUCUGCUUCAGUCAGGCGCGACCGGUUUUUGGACCUUAUGUUCCUGCAGCAGCAGCCCCAGCCCCAGCUGCUACUACUCGUGCAGAGCCAGAUGAGGAGCCUGAGUGUGAAGAUCUGGCAGCGUUGGCGGAUCAUAUGGAGCCUCCACCACUGGAGGUUGAAGCUCCGCGGUGGAUUUUUCAGCCAGCAAGUCCCUGCUUCGAAACAAGCCCUCCAGUGGCUUUCCCUUUGAGCAACCGCACCCCUUCGUGCUUGAGCAUUGUGGACUCAGAUGACCCAGAGUACCUCUAUGCCUAA